AAAAACAUCUCGGAAUGCCUUUAGCAGUUUAACGGAAAACGUAUGCCCCACGCAUUAUGCUGUGCUUGCCAAAAGCACACUGGCACAAAUAAUCGUGUUUAACAGGAGGAGGGCUGGAGAAGUGUCUAAAAUGCAUCUUAAACAUUUUUAUGAAAGAGACCAGACAGACCUUCACAAAGAUGUUGCCAUGGGGUUAACAAAUUUUGAGCAGAAACUGUGUAAUCAUUUUAGCCGAAUUGAGAUAAUGGGGAAAAGGGGGCGAAAGGUUGCGGUACUGCUUACACCAAACAUGGUGGAGGCAUUGACAUUACUUGUCAGCAAGAGAAGUGAGUGUGGUGUUGAUGGUGCCAAUGUCUUCUUGUUUGGAAGACCCAAAUGUUUGAGUCACUACAGGGGACAAGACAGUUUGAGGAUUCAUGCAGGUCUCUGCGGAGCAAAAAAUCCACAAUUCCUCAGGUCCACACAACUCAGAAAACACGUUGCUACAUUGUCCCAAAUUUUAAAUUUGAAAAAAAAUGAACUUGACCAACUUGCUGACUUUCUUGGCCACGAUAUUCGGGUACACCGAGACUACUACAGGCUUCCAGAAGCCACCACCCAGCUGGCCAAAAUCUCAAAACUUCUUUUGGCUAUGGAAAAAGGAUGUCUUCCUGAACUCCAGGGAAAAUCACUGGCUGACAUUGAAAUUGAAGAUCACAUACAGCUGAGUGACCCCGAAGAUGAAUGUCGUGAUAGUGAUGGCGUUGAAUCAUCUGAUUCCGCUGAGUCAGCAGGUGUCACAGUAAAUAAUGAAGCUGAAGUCAGUACAUCCAUGGAGCACGUCACUGAUGAUGGAGUUUCUCUUGGUGGUGCUGAAAGGAUUGAGACUCCGAAACGGAUGACCAAAAUGAAGUGGUCAAAAGCAGAGGUUGCUGCCGUCAUGAAGUACUUCAAAAGGCAUAUUGAAACUGGAAAGCUUGCAACCAAAGCUGAAUGUGAACAGUGCAAG